CCAUCUGAUUUCGACGUAGACCUUCGGAAAAUGCGCGCUCAACGGCAAGAUGGGAGUUGUGACUGGUUUCAAAGGCUUGGGAAGUACAGAGGCUGGGUAAAUUCCAGAUACCAUACACAUGCGAUUUUAUGGGUGUAUGGCGCUCCUGGCUGUGGAAAGUCGGUCUUGGCUUCGUCCAUCAUCGACCACCUCAAAGAGGCAACGGAUAAGCCGAUCUUGUAUUUCUUCUGCAAGAACGACAACGUUGACAAGAAUUCGUCCUUAGCGGUUCUUCGUAGCCUCAUUGCCCAACUUCUACUCUGGGCCCCAGGCCUUCUCACCCACAUCGAAGGAAGUUUCCAGAAAAGUGGGAAGCGGCAGAUAGACUCUUUCUAUGCCCUUCUACCAAUCUUUUUAACAUGUUUAGCAAAUGCUCGCACUGGAUAUAUUGUGAUCGAUGGUGUCGAUGAAUGCGAUGAGAGUGCUAUAUCCGAUCUUUGCAGCGCUACCAAA